AUGUACCCAACACUUCCGGACACGGGCUCCUUCAAAGUCGCCCAGUCUUUAGCAGAGAUCCACGCGACGGAUUCGGAAGCAGCAGCAUCGCAUUCUCUGCUCUCUGAUGAUGGCGCCAGGAAGAAGCUCAAGCUCGCUCUGUCGUCGUCUCCCUCAGCUGCAGCGUUGGACGGCACGGAGAAGAAGGCGCUCAGCGAAGUCCUUGAUAUGGACGUGGACGAGGAAAUGUCUACUCGCGAGAAAGGUCGACCGCAUGGUGGUGCACUGACGGAGAGCGAGGCGGAGAGCAUCCUCGCCGCCUUCCUCGGUACAACGCCGAUCGGCAAGAAAGCGGCGGCUGCGUCCGCACAGCGCACCGACACACCUGCAAAGGCGCCCGGCAGCGCGACGACCACCAAGACCACAGCGGCCACCUCGGCCCCGGCAGCGACUCAGUCGAACACCGGCACGCCCUCCAAACGCCGCUCUUCCCGCCGCGACACUACGCAAUCGUUUGGCGAAAAGCUGCCGGACCUGCUGACCAAGACAGCGCCAUUCGAUUUCACCGUCAUGGGCUAUUUUCAGUCGAUCGAUCGGCCAGGCAGGACGGAGCAGACACUUGUUGAGGACAGCGAAGACGAGUGA